UACAGUUCAACAAUGGCCAUCACUGACAUCCUUUCUGCUAAAGAUAUUGAAUCUGCUCUCUCCAGCUGCCAGGCUGCGGAUUCCUUCAAUUAUAAGUCGUUCUUCUCCACGGUUGGCUUAUCCAGCAAAACUCCUGAUCAGAUAAAGAAAGUUUUUGGAAUCCUUGAUCAGGACAAGAGCGGCUUCAUCGAAGAAGAAGAGCUUCAGCUGUUUCUGAAGAACUUCUCUUCGAGUGCCAGAGUGCUCACCUCUGCGGAGACCAAGGCUUUCCUGGCUGCAGGUGACACUGAUGGUGACGGCAAAAUCGGAGUAGAAGAAUUCCAGUCCCUGGUGAAGGCAUAAACAGCGUUAGACCAAAGGCAGCCUUGGACUGACUCUUCCAAUUACCUCGCCCAACAAGCACUUCGCACUCUGCAUGUGUUUGUACAUUUUUAUAUUGUUUCAGGCAUCAGCGAUUCCCCAUACGUCAAGUUCACUCAAAGCACUGCUGAGAAAUCUCUCAAUGUACAGAUGUUUCCAUUGUAAAGAAGGCACUUCGUGAUUUUCAGCUACUCAUAAUAUUGAAAUUGUGGCUAGAAGAUGGGAGAAAAAAAUGCUGUUCUUUCAGUUUUGUUCAGGAUUUCCAUCCUCAUGUUUAACAUGCUGACUUGCCACACACAGUUUUAAUGAUUUUAAACAACACGAUCUCUCUUAAGACAUAAGUGCCCUGAUUUUGUUGGGUUUUAUUUCUGCUUAAUUCUCUGAUCCUUUAGGAAAAGCAAUGCUAACAAGAGAGCUAAAAAUAAUUUAUAUUCAGUCCCAGAUCUGAGACUCUAAGAAAAAAAAUGUAAGAGAAGCUGACACAUAGCAGAGAGCAUGGAAUAAAUUUGUGGGUAUUUUACAAAAUG